AUGCGGUUACUUCUCGUUUUGUUCGCUUUUUUCUUUUGUGAACUCUUCGCUGAGUUGAACGGGCCGUUAACACAAGAUUUCCAGAAUUGGUUGAACAGCAAUAACUAUGUGAGCGACGAUUUCCCUCGUCAAGACUACAAAACGAAGGGAAGCUUUGGAGGAAAAAGUGCACAGAAUCCGGCGAGCACGAAAACCCCAGUGAUUUUCAUCCACGGGAACUCGGACUCAGCGUUGCACUCAAGUAAAACAGCCACUGGAUGGGACAAUACGAUCUCUCUUUUCCUCUCAAAAGGCUACACAGAAGCCGACCUCUAUGCGACUUCUUGGGGUGACACGAAUGCUUUGAAUGCUAAUGGACGCACUCACAACUGUUCGAAUGUUCUCCGUUUGAGGCGAUUUGUUGAAGCCGUCCUUAAGUACACUGGCGCACCAAAGGUCUCUUUCAUCACCCAUUCAAUGGGAGUGACUCUUGGAAGAAAAUUGAUUAAAGGAGGACCGAUCUCAGCAAGUGAUGGAAAUUGUGAUGUCGGAGCUGCAUUGACGAAAAACGUAGACGUUUACGUUGGAUUGUCUGGAGCGAAUUAUGGCCUUUGUACUUGUGAAGCAUCGGGCGCUCUCUAUCCAACUUGUAACAAAGAUGAUGGUUUAUGGCCUGGCGACUCGUGCGGUUUCAAUCUCUACGUUUGUGGCGAGAGUCCACUUUUGUAUCCAUGCAGUGGACCCACUUAUUCAAAGUUCCUCACCGCGUUGAACACUGACUCGACUCGCGAGGGAGCUUAUGUGUUCAGUGCAUGGAGUUUUGCGGAUGAUCUUAUUUUGUUUGGAGAUAUGGUUUGGGGUCGUCCAACAAGCUUGAUCCCAAGAUCUGAUGAUCACAAGACCUAUCUGACUUAUGGUCACAUGGCAACAAAAGAGGAAACGGCUGAUGAUCAAUAUGAAAUGGUUGUCAACAAGAAAAUCCCUCAAGAAACGCACUCACCCGGGCCACGAUCGAAAUUCCGACCGUCUGCU